CUCUCUGGGCAUCGCUCCUCGUCCGUCUCUUCAGCGUGUGUGAGACACAGACUCGUCCCAGGCCUUUUGAACCAUGAAGCACUGCGUGUGGCUGUUGCUGGCGUUGGGCUGUGUGCACGUUCACGGUGCACCAGUGGAGAGCGUCGGCCUCGAGCAGGGUUCGUGCACCGACGCGUUUGCCCUGAGUGCUGCGAAGGAGGCCCUCACCAAGAUCAACCAGGACCGGCAGGACGGCUACAUCUUCAGCCUGCACGGGCUGUACAAUGUGUACAUUGGAAGACACGCAGAGACUGGUGUGGUUUUCUACCUGACUCUGGAUGUUGUGGAGACCAACUGCAGUGUCCUGAACAAGAGGGAUGACAAGAACUGUGAGGCUCGUCCCACCGACAACACACCGGUUUACGGACAGUGCAAAGCCGUCAUCUACUUUGACAGGCCGCAGAGAGUGGUGCGUCUCAUGAAAUACGACUGUCAAAUAAGACCAGUUCCCGCUGGUAAGAUUUCUGAGCAGUGUCCCGACUGUCCGACUCUGUGGAACAACGACGACCCUAUGAUCCAGAAGACCGUGUCUGAGUCUCUGGAGAAGUUUAACAAGGACAGCGGGCUGAAAAAACGAUUCGCCUUGCUCAAAGUCGCCCGCUCUACCGCUUCGAUGGGCAUGGCGACGUUCUACAACGCAGAGUACACCAUCCAGGAAACCACCUGUGUCAACAGCGCAGAUGCAGUGGCGGCCGAUAAGUGCCCGCUCAUGGACUGCGAGUUCGCUCACAAGGGCUUCUGUAAGGCAUCUCAUCACACCGCUCCUGAUGGGGAGGAAGGCGUCACUGUAGAGUGUGAGAUCUACGAGCCUGAGGCUGGCGAGAGAGAGAAGAAACAGCACCUUCUGGGCGGCGAGACCGACCACAGCCACAACGACACAAAAACGCACAACCACGACCAUGACCACGCCCACGCCACCGACCAUGCACACACACACGACCACGUGCACGACCACACCAAGAGCCACGCGCAGCACGUCAAAACCCACACGCACGACAACGACAGCGACCACCACCACACCCACGACCACGAUGCGGGCAGCGCCCACAGGCACGCCCACGCUCACUCCCACGACCACGGGCACGGCCACGACCACGACCACGCCCAUCACGCCAAAGCACAUAACCACAGCGGCGACUCAGAAAACCAUCACCACGACUACAAGCACGCCGACACCGAGCACACGCACGAGCACGACCACGAGUUGGCCCUGGACCACGACCACAAGCAUGGUCACCUGCACGAGCACGAGCACCACCACCACCACCACGGCCACGACCACGAGACCGCACACCACGACCACCCAGAGGGCACGGUGGUGAUGUUGCCCUCCGUUGACAAGCCCGUGACUCUGCCCUUCUUCCCCGAGAAACCCCACGAGACUGGAGUCACCCUGCCCUCCCUGCCUGACCCUCAGAUCCCCGGCCAGAGCAAACUUGUCAUCGAGCCCUUCCCCACCUCGCUCUCAGCUCAGUGCGUCCAACGAUCGGGCAAUGGCAGCCUGGUGGACACACUCUUCACGGAGGACCCACGGUUCAAAGCAGAUGCGGUGUGUGUUUGUGGGUGUUACAGGAUGAGUGUGUAUCUGCUGAUUCUGUGUCUGGCUUUGCUGCAUCAGGAGGGGAGAGCCACACCGGACGCUCCAAGCUGCGUCAGUCCCGAGGCAGUGAGAGUCGCAGAGGAGACCCUGGAGCAGAUCAACCAGGACCGGACCAACGGAUACAUCCUGAGCCUCAACAGACUGUACGACCUCUCGCACACUCCUGACACGGAGAAAGAUGGCUCCCUCUACAAGCUGACCAUUGAUGUCAUGGAGACCAAAUGCCACAUUGCCAGCAAGAAACCUUGGAAACAGUGUGAAGUCAGAGAUAUUAGUGAUGUUCCGGUGUAUGGGGAGUGUGAGGUGUCUGCCUUCGUUGACACUCGAGUCAAACUUCAGAGCUACUCCUGCGUUCUUCGAGAAGUUCCCGCCACUGCAGUGGUCGGCGUGUGUCCGGACUGUCCCACGGCCGAUAACAUGAACGAGCCGGUCGUCAAGGAGACGGCCACUCUCUCCCUGCAGAGGUUCAACGAAGAAAGUCGCCUGGCCAACUACUUUACUCUGGAGAGAAUCACCAGAGCCAGCUCACAGUGGGUGGUCGGUCCGUCCUACUUUGUGGAGUUCACCAUCGUGGAAACGGUGUGUUCAAAGGGAACAGAUGCGAGUGAGAUGAGCAGCUGCCCACCCAUGGACUGCCAGUUUGCACAUAGAGGCUUCUGUUUGGGCUCACACAUGGCCCACGAGGACCAGUUUGAAAUCAGGCCCAUGGGUGGAAAGAAGGGAAGCUCAUUUCAGGACAGGAAGCCCGUAGAGGUGAAGUGUGAGAUCUACGAACCUCAGGCUGCCACUGUGGAGGAACACGCCCAUGCCAAAGCAGACGCUGAGCACACCGGGCAUCAGCACCACAACCACACACACCUGCAUCCCCACGAGCACGUGCACACGGGCGCAGCGGGCUCUGACGUCGCCGUCUCCAUGCCAAAGAGUUCUCUCGGGACUGUGGUUCAUCAGCCUGCUCCUGCCAGAUCGUCCCCGAAAACAAGCUCCUGCCCCGGGCCACGCAGGCACAAUCUGGGCUUAGACAGACUUAAGCUGUAACUUUCGGCUGAACUCUUCGGCUGUGCUCCAUCCUUCCAGCUGUUCCUUCAUGGUGUACUUAGUUACAGUGUAUUAGACAAGAAAUGGUAAUGCACAAGUAGAGAUUAGGUUUUAUGUUAUAAAAAUGCAAAUUACAUUGUUUGAUUGCAGUAAGAUUGUUUGAUUAUACUGUACAGUAAAUGUCUUAAUCCUGA